AUGAACUUCUUUGAUGCAUAUGACAUUAGCGGCCCAUCCACGCCAACCUCAGGCCAGCAGGCUGAGCCAAGCCUGAAUGAGGAGGUCUCGCAGGUAGUGGGGCAGCUGAGCAGGUUCUGGGGAGGCUUCAGAAAGCAGAGUCAGACAGUUUUUGAAGCUGCGCGGAAGGACAUUGGGGAUGCGGUCUCUCAGGCACAGAAAGAAAUCAACAAGCUCACUACUGAGACGCUCGCCUCUACUUCCACCCAAGAGGACCACACUGGGACUGAGCAAACUGACCAACUCCCAUCUGCUGGAGAAUCGUCCGCUGCUCCGGAGAGCAACAGUGCCUACUCUGCAUCCGCAAGCACAAUCGCCGAAGGAGACUCUCGCUCCACAACGCCCACCGAGACCCAGCCCCAGCCGCAGACAAUUUUCUCCCGCCUCCAAGCGUCACUCCCACCAAAUCUCGUGUCCAGCGUCCAGAGCCAGCUUCCUGAUUCACUGCAGCACGCACGCGCCGGAAGUCUGUCCGCGCUUGACUUUGCACAGCUGCGCAGCACCUUGACAACAGAGCUCCACCGUGUGCAGGACGCCACGGGAGAGUAUGUUCAGCGCAGCGAAGAGCUUUUCCGUGAGGCAGGAGAAUUUCUCAAGGAUGCCGUGAAGGUGCUACCUCCUGAAGAGAGCGGCGGGGUUUCACCGGGUCUGAUAUGGGAUGGCUCGGAUGUAUGGAUGCUCCCAACCGAAGGGAGUGCAGGCGGUCGAGGGGAAUUGGGUUCAAGGAAGGGGAAGGAAAGAGAGGGGAGGGCAUCUUCGAGCUCGGGGCGACCUUCUGUGGAGAAGUUGAGAGCCGUCGCGACGCGGGCGGAAUCGCUUCUGAAGCAACUGAAGCAUGACCCGGAGGUGGUCAAGGUCGACCCGCAGUCGGACGAGCGGGUGCGACAUAUGUUUGCAAGCUGGGUGGAGUCGGAGGUUGAUGCUCAGGAAGGCGGUAUAAACAGCGUUCAAUGGAAGGAUACUAUUGAGAAUGCGUUGACGGAGCCUGUGGAUGGCGCAGCAUUGAAGUCCACCUUCGACACUCUUGUACCCUCUGUUAUAACCAGUGACAUGUUCUGGGUGAGGUAUUUCUUCCGCGUUCAUCAGGUGGAGAGGGAGGAAGAGAGACGGAAGGCUAUCAUCCAAGGCACCGCGCAAAAUGAAGAGGAUUUCAGCUGGGAUGACGAUGACGAUACCACUUCGACGGCCGUUAAGGCUCCACUUGUUCAACUCCAUCAGGAUCAGACAUCGGACGCGUCCGACGCUUCUGCUCUGCAGGCGGUCGAUAAUAAGGCAACCCUUGUUGCGGAAGCUGCGACUCCCACUCAGGCUCCCAAGUCUCGAGUUUCAACGCCGGGAAAUCAGAGUCCGCGGGAGAGCGAGGAUAGCUACGACGUCGUUUCCUCACAAGUAAGCAACUAUAGUGGAGGGAUAGAUUCUAAGGCACAGAGCCCUUCGCUACCAGAAACACCGGCGCCAACAGCACCGGUGGAGGACGACCCUGACAGCGAUUGGGAGUGA